UCCACACAUCUGAAAGUCGCCAAGUUUGAGAAACAUUGCAAAGGAUUCCGAAUUCCUGCUUUCUUUCUAGCUUUGCAUCGAAUCUCACAAAAGAUCGCUUUUUCUCUUUGCUCCGGGCGAAUCACAUGAAAGCUGUCACGGGCUUCAGAGACACAGACCUUUGCUGUGAUGUUGCCGUAAAGUUGCACUUGCUCUUCCCUCGUGUCCCUUUUCAGCUCACGCUCUCUCCGAUUCCGAGAUCCGGCUGUUUCGUUCCGUUCCGGAAUACUUUCCUGGGGCCGCCAAUCCCAGGUUUCAAUGGGCAGAGAUAUUCGGCUCGCUGUACCUUUAAGAAAACGUUCCUUCCCUUUCGCUACAAUCGAAUCUCUCCCAGAUGAGAGAGCCGCCUUAGCAACCGCUAUCCAAUGGCGUCUCUCGGCGAAAGGGAAGCGGGAACGAGCCCCCCGAGGCAUACCCAAUCGGCGGCGGCGCGUGUAGGAGAGAGGUCUGCAUAUCCAUAUAUAAAAGGGAGAGAGAAUCCUUGAAAAGUCAUGGAAGCAGAAGUACUAUUGGCUCCUAUAACAGCUCUGGAGAUGGUGGGAGACCAUCUUAUCGCAGGAGAAGGACCCUAUAUAGGCAUAUAUAGUUUGGAGCCUAACGCCAGUCCAUCAGCAAGAUGCUCCAAGCAGGUCCUUCAGAACUAUACUGUCCAUGGUAUUAAGGAGCAGCAGAGUUUGAGUCCUAGAGAUAACCAAUCCCCAACCCUGGCUGUUUUUGGAGGCAAAAGCUUUGUGGUUGUAGAGCUCAGCUUCCAGAACAGCUCAGUGGAACUCAGUGAAGUCUUUCCUUUCUGUGAGCUGCACGACUGGAUCUGGGACCUGCAGUGGAUGGAAUGCAGGACGGAGAGGCCCAGUAGGGUGGCUGUGGCCUUGGGACACAAUUCAGUGGCACUAUAUGACUGCACCAGCCAGAGGGUUCUCCAAGAAGUGCACUGCCAAGAGAAGUGUAUCCUCUAUUCUGCCCACUUGGUGGGGAGCCGCUGGGAGACUUUGGUUCUGGUGGCUGGCACUGUUUUUCAUCAGUUGGUGGUUUGGGGCGUGGCUGACCAGGCAGAUGACACAGGAAGAAUAAAGCCCUGCAGUAGGAUUAGUGGACACAGCGGUGUCAUCUUCAGCAUUCGCUUCUCGGAGAGCCAGGGCAUCCUGGCCUCUGCCUCAGAUGACAGGAGUGUUCGGCUCUGGAGCAUCGGGGACCUCAGAGCCCCUCCUGCUCUGGUCCCGUGCUUGCUGGUAUGCUACGGGCACCAGUCCAGAGUCUGGUCGGUAAGACUGCUGAGGGACUACAUCAUCAGCAUUGGUGAGGAUUCAGCCUGUCUUGUGUGGACCUAUCAGGGCAAGAUUGUCCACAGCUUCAAAGGACACAAGGGCCAGGGACUCCGGGCAGUGGCUGUGGAUGAGGAGCGAGGCUGGGUGUUUACAGGGGGAGCCGAUUCGGGCAUUAGACACUGGUGCUUCAAGGAACGAAGCAGCACUGGAAACAGGCUCUCACAGCUGGAUUUUGCUUCCUCUAGCAGAAAAGGAUCCCCCAGGGCAGUAAAACUGGUGGAUGAAAACCAUCUACUGGUGAUGACUGAUGCUGGGGCUGUCUUUUCCUGGGACUUGAUUUCUAAAAAUUGGGUGUGGCUCCUGCAGGAUGCCACUUAUCAGUCUUACAGUCUCUUAGAAGUGUCCAAGCUUGCCAGUGGAGACUUUCUCUGUGCCAUGGGCAACUUGUCGGGGCAGGUGAAAGUUUUUCCGCUCAGCAGUCCCACCCAAAGCAAGGAGAUAAACCUCUUUGAAGGGAAAGUGCACAAUUUGACUUGGGCCGCAGAUCCAAACCGGAACCUCAAUACUUGCAGCCUCUUUGCUUCUGGCCCGGCUGGGGCUUUGCUGUGGCUGGAGGCCUCUUGGCGCCCACGUGGAGGAACAACAGUGGUGCUAAAGCAAUGUUUUCUCCUGCCAGUGUGCAAGCAGCGAUGGCACACCUGCAUUGCUUUUUUGCCCCGGGGAGAGUUUCUGCUUUGUGGCGACCGCAGAGGUUCUCUUAUGACGUUUGCCUGCAAGCCAACUCCGGGACUGGAAGAAGCACAAGGAGGGGGUGAACCUGGCAGUUCUACUUCAGAGACCGCCUGUGCCUUGCCUGGAUUUUCCUUCCCUAUUGGAAGUGGAGAGCCCCAUGCCGAGAGGCCUGUUUCGCUGCUUUUUGGGCUUCAUGGGAAACAGGGGGUGACCUCGGUAACCUCCCACGGUGGCUUUAUUUACAGCACGGGGAGGGACAGCUGCUACCGCCAGCUGCAAGUGAAGGAUCGGCAGCUCCAAGUGCUGAGGAAGCAAAAGCCAUGCAAAGACCUAGAGUGGCUGGAAGAGCUACGCUUUGGCCCCGAUGGGAGCCUGAGGGUGCUCGGCUUCCAUGCUACCCACUUUGUAAUUUGGAGUGCCAGCAGCAGUGAAAGGCUUCUCUGCAUUCCCUGCGGAGGUGGCCACCGUUCCUGGAGCUACGUCCACUGCCUUUCCGCAGAGACCUUUGCCUAUAUCAAAUCUGGGGAAAUUUGGUUGUACCAAAGUAAAGACGCUGCCAGUGGGCAGCGAAUCCUGAAAGCUGCUCUGCACGGUAGGGGGAUGACAUGUGUGUGUCACGUCGGUACCCUGGAAGCCUCUGGGCAAGAGAGGAUCAGUGUUUUUGCUACAGGAAGUGAGGACAAUACGGUCAACAUUCUCGCUUUUAAUGUGCAAACUCGCAGAGUGACCCAGCUCGCUGCUCUUGGCGACCACAUCUCCAGUGUAAGAGCUCUGACUGUAGUGCAGAAUGGCGUUAGUCAGCCUGAGGGGGAAAGGAUCUCCGCUAUGCUUUUUUCUGCUGGGGGACGAGCCCAGAUCGAGUGUUAUCGAUUAACGCUCAGCCCUAAGCCUGAUUCCAGCAGCAGCAGCGUAGCCUGUCAGCUGGUCCAUGUGGCAUCGCAUCGCUUAGAUGAGCACUGGGACUACAAGAAGAAUAAGCACAAACUCAUCAAGAUGGAUCCAGAAACCAGGUACAUGUCUGUGGUGGUGCUUGCUAGGAUAGAAGAGGCGGAAUUGCCCGGUCCCUUGUGCUUCCUAGCUGCUGCUUGUAGUGAUGCAUCUGUCCGAUUGUUCCUGUUGCUUGAGAACGCCAAGAAGUUGUGUCUCAUAGCAGAAUCCUUUCACCAUCAGCACUGUGUCCUGAAGGUCGAGGCAUUUGCCUACAAGAUGGCUAGUGGGAGAAGGAGACAUUUUAUGGGCAGUGCGGCCACUGAUGGUAGCAUUGCAUUUUGGGACGUUACUGCUGCCCUCAGUCAUAUUUCAGCAAUUGUGAAGACAGGAGACAUUCCGGUGAAACCCCUAGCCCUGGAAUCUCCAAUCCUGACCGUUCAGGCUCACAGCUGCGGUGUGAACAGCCUCCACAUCCAGAAAACAGCCAAGAGACACUUUGUAGUGGUCAGUGGCAGUGAUGACGGGUCCAUCUCUGUCCAUGUUAUUGAGGUGAAGGCUGAAAGCGCUGUGGGCCAGGAGACCCCAGCCAGGGCUGGCAUCCAAGUGAUCAGAAAAGUAUCCAGGCUUGGUGCUCACGCAGCUCAUGUGACGGGAGUGAGGCUCCUCCACCUGAACUUCCUCCUUUCUGUGUCAGUGGAUCAACGCUUGACCCUCUGGAGUCUCUGUGAGGACAGCUUGUCAUUCGUAUGGAGCAAAUUCUGCCACGUGGCUGAUGUGGCUGCUCUGGAGUGUUGGGAAACUGAAGGACACAGCUAUCGCGGUGUGAUAUGUGGUCAGGGGUUGCAAAUCCUUUCCUGGGGGCUGGAUGUGCAAGGUAGAAAAAUAAAAGAUGGGAUCUGAAA